UAUUUCCAGCCCGUAUCCAAAGCGCAACUAUCGUUUAAAAAAAUAUUAAAUUUUUUUUUCUGGUAACGCUAUUGGCCGGUCGCGCGUCUUUUAUUUUCGCCUUAUUUGAAUUUCGAAUUGAGAAUGUCGGUACAGGGAAGUAUGACUGAGAACCAUGAUAGGCAGGGAGCAAGAACUAUGAAAUCGGUGUGACCCACGGUGAACCAGGGAACUGUCUGAAGGGCACCGCCUUCGUCAAUUCUUUGACGGAUGGGGGUGCUUAUAAGAGUGUUGGAGGAAACGUUGGUAUAGAAAAAUCUGGUUUCGGAGGCCAACUCGGCGCAGCACAUUCUGCUAAAGUCGACCAGAUGUCAGCAGCGGCCCAGAUGAACCUGAUCCACACUAACAACCAUAAAAUGGACGCUCACGCCUUCGCGACCAAGACUAUGCCUCACAAUCACCCCAGUUUUGUCACACAUGGAGGAGGCGUCGACUAUAUGUACAAGAACACGGUUGGAGCCAGUGCCUCGGUCGCUCACACGCCGAUGUUCAAGCACACGGAACAAAACAUCGGUGCCAAGUUCAACCUGCAUCAGACUCCUACAUCAGCCAUGAGCUUGAACCUUGGAGCGAACAGAUCCAUGAAUCCUCACAGCAGCGGUGGCUUCAAACCCAACAUGCUAUUCAAUGUGCAGAAGAAGUUUUAAUGCCUCUUUUAAAGUUGGAUGGUUUUUCAAAAACUUAAUACUCGUAUUAUAACCGCACUGUAUCUAAAUGUAAAUUAAAAUAUAACUACA